AUGAACGGGGCAACUCCAUCGGCAUCUUCCCAUGCGCGAACCGCGGAUCAGAGCAAGGUCACGGUCCACUUCCUGGACCCCAACGUCGAUGGCUUGCCGAGGACUCCGCGGAUCGAGCUGCCAAUCGAAUGGUUGGGGAUCUACAACUGCAUCGUGUUGCCCUGGUCCCGCGUGCUGGCCAGCAGCUUUGAGGACAAGGUCAUUGGCACCGCGAGUGCUGUGACGUACAAUGCUCUUUGGCUGUUGUCCUUGUCCAGCUUCUUGCAUUGUUGCUUUACCGACCCCGGCUUCUUGCCAGCCGACUGGUCGAGGCAUAGGAGCCCAAGCCAGAUCAAAGCGUCGGGCGAGUGGGCGCUUCAGCCCUGCCGGCACUGCGGUACGCGGCCGCCACGGAGCCAUCACUGCAAGAGCUGCCGCUGCUGUGUUCUGCGUAUGGACCACCACUGCCCCUGGAUGGACAACUGCGUCGGCUUGCGGAACCACAAGUUCUUCUUGCAGAGCUGCUUCUAUGGCGCUGCUGCCUCUGCCACGCUGCUAGCAUCCUUCUUCCCCCUCCGCGGGCAGGCUUCUGAAAUCCUCCUGCCAUCGUCGCGGGCUCCGCAGGACCCCCGGCUGUUGCGGGACGCCGGUCUUCUGGCGGUGGGCGUGGGCUUGGCGACCUCUUUCUUCGUGGCACUUGGAGGAUUGUUCAUCAAUGGCUUCUCCCAGACGCUGCAGAACCGAACCAGCAUCGAGUCGCGCUAUGCCGGUCCCAAUCCCUACGACCUGGGUGCCUUCCGCAACCUGCAGCAAGUCUGUGGCCCCUUCAGCAGCGCCUGGCUGGUGCCGGUGGCAGAGGCGCCCCUUGCCGGAGAUAUGCCCUCGGGCUUUUGCUUCCCGACCCGAGAUGUGGUGUGA